CCGGGCGGAGGUGAGAAGGCUGGCGCAACUGUCAGCUGAGCAGCGCUGGGUGGGGUUGCGAGGCCGCGCGUCCGCCAGAGGCUCCCCAGCCCCCGCCGCCGCCGCCGCCGCCCCCGGCCGGUCCCUUGGUCGGCGUCUGCAUCCGGGUUCAGAGCCCUCUCCCAGCGGUAACGAUGCCGAGGAGGCAGUGACCCCGAGGGAGGCCGGAGCCCGAGCGCCGGGAACUGCUGCCAUGUCCCACCAACCAGUUAGCUGCCUGACUGAAAAGGGGGACAGCCCCAACGAAACCACAGGAAAUGGACCCCCCAAUCUGGCUCACCCGAACCUGGACACGUUCACCCCACAUGAGCUGCUGCAGCAGAUGAGAGAGCUUCUAAUUGAGAACCAUCAGCUGAAAGAAGCCAUGAAGCUGAACAAUCAAGCUAUGAAAGGGCGAUUUGAGGAGCUUUCAGCCUGGACAGAAAAGCAGAAGGAAGAACGCCUAUUUUUUGAGACCCAGAGCAAAGAAGCCAAAGAGCGCCUAACGGCACUGAGUCUUGAAAAUGAAAAACUGAAGCAAGAACUCAGAAAACUAAAAGGGAAAACUGAAAGGUCAUUCGAGGUCCUCAAGGCAGAAGCAGAACAGGAAGUGGAACAGCUGAAGACCCAGGUGGCACGCCUUCAAGCUGAAAAGGUCGAUCUGCUGGGCAUCGUGUCUGAAUUACAACUCAAGCUGAACUCAGGUGGCCCCUCCGAAGACUCCUUUGUUGAAAUCAGGAUGGCUGAGGGAGAAGCAGAUGUGGCAACGAAAGAAAUCAAGCCGAGUCCUGGGCCCACAAGAACUGAUUCCAUUGACACGAGCAAAUCUGCAGAAGGUGCCAGGAAUUAUUUGGAAUUUGAGGAAUUAACUGUGAGCCAGCUCCUGCUUUGUCUAAGGGAAGGAAACCAGAAGGUGGAGAGACUUGAACUUGCCCUCAAGGAAGCCAAAGAAAGAAUUUCUGAUUUUGAAAAGAAAGCGAAGGAUCGUUGUGAGAUUGAGACCCAGACAGAGGGGCGCACAGAACAAGAGAAAGAAGAGGAGAAAGGCACAGAAACUGUUGGAAGUGAAGUGGAAACGUUGAACCUUCAGGUGACAACCCUGUUUAAGGAGCUUCAGGAGGCUCACACGAAACUCAGUGAGGCUGAGCUAAUGAAGAAGAGACUUCAGGAAAAAUGUCAGGCCCUUGAAAGGAAAAAUUCUGCAACCCCAUCAGAGCUGAAUGAAAAGCAAGAGCUUGUUUAUAAUAACAGAAAGUUAGAGCUCCAAGUAGAAAGCAUGCGAUCAGAAAUCAAAAUGGAGCAAGCAAAAACAGAAGAUGAAAAGUCCAAAUUAGCCACUCUACAGUUGACACACAACAGGCUUCUUCAAGAAUACAAUAAUGCACUGAAAACAACUGAGGAACUAAAAAGAAGAGAGUCCGAAAAAGUGGAUAAGGUGGUGCUGCAGGAACUGAGUGGAAAGCUGGAACUGGCAGAGAAAGCCCUGGCUUCCAAGCAGCUCCAAAUGGAUGAGAUGAAGCAGACCAUUGCCAAGCAGGAGAAAGACCUGGAAACCAUGGCUGUUCUCAGGGCUCAGAUGGAGGUUUAUUGUUCUGACUUUCAUGCUGAAAGAGCAGCAAGAGAGAAGAUUCAUGAAGAAAAGGAGCAACUGGCAUUGCAGCUGGCAAUUUUGCUGAAAGACAAUAAUGCUUUUGGAGAUGAAGGCAGCAGGCAGUCCCUGAUGGAAAUGCAGAGCCGUCACGGGGCGAUAGCAAGUGACGCUGACCAGCAGGCUUAUCUCGUUCAAAGAGGAGCUGAGGAUAGAAACUGGAUGCAGCAGCAACAACAGAAUAUUCCAAUUCAUUCUUGCCCCAAAUGUGGAGAAGUUCUGCCCGACAUAGAUACACUACUGAUUCAUGUUACGGACUGCAUCAUUUAAGUGUUGACCUUUCACCUCCCCCAAACUGUUGGUAAAUGUCCGAUUUUUUUCCUCCAGGAGUUGUACUUUUGUGUCAUUCGUUUCACUCAAAUAUUCUGGCUCAUUAUUUUAGGAGAAAGAAAACCAUUAUGUUCUAAAAAGGACCUUUUUUGGUGCAUUCCCAUAAACUCGCAAAAUAGAAUCUUUAACGUACCACUCUUCCAAUAAGAGGUUUUUUGUUUUUUUUUUAAUAUUCAGUUGAUGUGAGCACUGAACUGCCCAUGCAGGUUAUGAGUGUGUGACAUCGUGGAUAGAGUAAAUGUGGUAAUAAGAUGGAAGAAGCCUCACUGAUUAAGAACUUUCUAAGGAGGCAGGAAAAAUGAAGUGGUCACAGAUUUAAUCAAGAAAAGUGUCUUUGAAGUAUUUUUAAAUAAAUUACAUUGUUAUUUUUCUUUAUUCAUUUAAGACAGAUCUAUCUGGGGUUGUGUAUAUGUGUAUAUCUUACAGUUUUAUUUCAGCCACAGCACCAAAGUUAUGAUGUGGCUCUUUUCAGAUGAGCCCUGUGACCUUUUACUUGAUCAUCAGGACAAGUGAAAAAGUACUGACCUACGUGAAGCGGAUACAUUAGGUUCACUGGAUUUCAUGUAAUCAUCCACAGUGUAAAGUUUUCUUUUUCUUUUGUUGUGCUGCAGGUAUAUGUUUAUCAACUAUACAGUAAAUAGUGUAUUAAUUUCUAAAAACAAUAGCUAUCAAUUUUCUUCCUGGAUCAGGCUGUAUAUUCAUAAUCACAAAAAUAGUUAUUGCAAAAAAAAAGUUAUUGCAAAAUAAAAUUUUGCUUAUGAAUCUUUCACAUUGUUCAUAUAUGACUAGCUAAUUUCAUACGAUGUAUUUUCUGCAUUCAGCUUCAUAUAAGCUUAAUACUUAUUCAGAACCAUUUUUGUGAAUUCCGUGAAUAUGAGCAAAUCUCUUUACUAGAUACCAGUAAGUGGUGUUUGAAUUAGAAACUGUUCUUUCUAAGGAGGUGAAAAGAUAGGGAUUUGCCAUAUUUUGUAAACCUACAGUUUACCAGCCAUAAAAGUUAGCAAUGUCCUUAUGUAUCUAUAUCCUAAAAUAUUUAAGAGAAAAAUUUUAAAUGUCCUCUGUUUGACUUUGUCAUAAGAAUCUCUCCUAGACAAACUUGACUUGUGUGUGCAUAUGUGUGUAGGUAUAUAUAUGUUUUAAAACAGGAAUCAAAACAGUUAAUUACAGCUUCAUGCCAGGAGAACACACUGCACAAAUUCAACCGUAAUUUAGACGCCCCCCUCACCCCAGGGGGUUUGUUAAAGACAUUUCUAAAAUAACUGUGAAAAUUUUACUUUUAAUUUCUUGUUUAUAGUUUCUAGUUUAAAUUUUUUUCCCUUACUAUCUCAUAUUGGAGAAGAUAGAUUUCUACAGUAUCCUAAAUAAAAAAGCAAACCAAAUGGUUCUACACUUAA